AUGGAAGCAGCAGUGGCUGCCACCACCUCCUCCCUGCUACUGGUCUCCGGGCCCAGGAGAUCAUCGCCGACAACCUUGCCUUCCCCCUCGUCGCUUCGGCCUUCCUGCAAGAUCUGCUGCUCCUUCACAACCUCCACUGCAAGGCGGCAGCAGCAGGGCCAUCUGGCUUCCUGUCUCGCUGCACCGAGGUUAAGCAGCAAGGGGAGUAGCAGGAGCAUUAGCUGGAGGUGUUCUUCUAGUGCCACUGGUGGCUCAUCAACCGCCGUCUCGACAGAGAAAUGGAUUCUUGACCCUGCAGGUGAUGGUGAUUGGCGUCACAUCGGCUACAAAGUUGCACGGCCUGGUGCGAUCGAGAUAGUCUCAGAUGCGGUAACGGUUGGUCGAGUUGCUGACAAGGCUGACAUCGUCCUCCCCGUUGCCACAGUUUCAGGCACGCAUGCUCGGCUGGAGAAGAAGGGCGGGAGCCUGCUGGUGACGGACCUGGACAGCACCAACGGCACCUACAUCAACGAGCGCCGACUCAACCCUGGCUUCCCAGUGCCCAUCGACCCUGGCAGCCUACUCAUCUUCGGUGACAUCCACUUGGCGAUGUUCCGUGUAAGGAAGAUGAGAGUUGAGGUGCCCAGUACCGAGGCCGAGGGAGCUGAACAAGAGACCAAGACCGAGGUAGUAUCGGCUGCAGCAGUUGAAGAUACUGCAAGCUAG